CGGUCGCGCGCAUUUUCCCACCGCUUAUGCCUACCGCUUCCAGUCAUUAACAGUUUUACGCAUUAAAAAACAAAACAGUUUGUGUAUCUGUGUUAUUGUGACGGUUUUUCGGAAGUGAAUAGUUCUUUCAGGACCUCGAACGCCUGUUUUAACCGGUUUCGGCCGGAUAUAACCACUUAGAACAAGCCAGGGUUGCAACACCCGGAGCAUGGGCGAUGGCAUGGCGUGAGAUGGCGCGAGUCGCGUUCGCGCUUGCCGCGCUUUUCGCGGCCGCCUCUUCGCGUGCGCCAACUAAGGAUCCCCUGCAGUUUGAGGCGGCAUUUCAAGGUAGAUGUGGCGAAGGCAGCCCGUGUGAGCAACUCUGCAGAGAGCUCCACGAUGGUACCUACGAGUGUGGCUGCGGGCCGGGUUUUGUGCUGCACGUCGACGGAUAUGGUUGUUUAGAAUUAAACGCAACCAAAACAACGGAGAACACCGACAAACAUGAGGAUGUCCUCUAUCAGAAAGACGUAUCUUUCUCAGCAGAACUAGAAAUAGCCCCGUCCAAUAGACUUAGUAAAUCUAAUGUAAGCGAAAAACAUAACGAUAUACAAAGACCCGCCACACUGCCAACCCUCUUAAGCAAUGACAUUGAACCUAAUUAUACGUUUACGGGCGAAAGAUCCAAAGAAGUGGAUGGCCUGAAGAGUCUCAUCGAGGACGGAGUUAGUAACAUAGAUAUUAAUAUCAUAGCCGAUGACAGAAUCAAUGACGCCUUGCUCGAAGCUGCUAAGAUUAAAGUUACGACACUUGGACCUAGUUUAGAACAAAAAGUGCCGGGAGGUACAUCAUCACCAGAAAGGACGACGGCCGUGGAGAGUUGCGACUGUGACACAUGCAACGGCGCCCGAUGCUCAUGUCCGCUAUCCACUAAAUGCAAACCCAACACAAAAGUAACGACACCUCGUUUCUCUGGAACAUCCUGGCUAGCAUUACGCGCAUUGCGCGGAGCGUACAAGCGAGUACGCUUACGACUGCGAGUACGACCGGAGAGAACGCGUGGCGUACUUCUUCUAACAGGCGAACAUGACGAUCUAUCUGGAGAUUACCUCGCACUUAUAUUAAGGAAUGGUCAUGUGGAAUUAAGGUUUGAUUGCGGCAGCGGUGCCGGAGUACUAAGAUCUCCGGAGCCUGUACAUCUCGGUAGAUGGAACACUAUAUCGGUGUACCGACACCGAUGGGACGCGUGGCUGAAGCUAAAUAAUGGGAAACGGGUUCGAGGCAGAUCUAAGGGUCUCUUCUCUCGUAUGACCUUCCGUGAACCGGUCUGGGUUGGUGGAGCUGGGAACACAACUGGUCUCCAAAGCAAGCUCGGUCUGUCCGAAGGAUUACUUGGAUGUGUGGACUUCCUACGCAUUAAUGGUGACACGUACCAUCUCGUUAAAGAUGCUGUUUCUACAUUAGAUGUUUCUGAAUGUGCCCCAACGCUAGCACCAUGGAGACCAAGCAAUGACGUCACCAGUGAAAUACCACACAGAACAAACGACUUAACCCACGCUAUUUACGACAUCAAUGACAUAGUGCACUUCGAAGACAACGAUAUAGUUAUGAGAGAUGCAAAAGAUCACAACAAACUAGACAACUCAAUAGAAUACAAAUACAAUGACGUCAAAUCGCAAUUUAAUGAUAAAAAAUAUUUCGUUAAGAAAAUGCAAUUUAAUGAUGACGAUAAAAGCAUUGGUGUUGUUAAUGAUGUCAAUAAUGAUUUGAAAAGUGAUGAUUUGAAGACUGUUAAAGACGAUUGCGAAUGUCAACACGGAGGUGGGUGUGUCGCCCAUAUCUGUCUAUGUCCGUUGGGAUAUGCUGGGGACAGAUGUGAAAUCACUUUAGAUUUGAAGGUUCCCAAGUUCAACGGAUCUUCAUAUCUGCGUCUACCAGGACUCGGCAACGCGGCACAAUCGUGGCUCGAGAUAGAGAUUACACUGAAGCCUACAAAUGGUGAUGGAUUGCUACUCUACGACGCGGAACAUCCCAGUGGCGAUGGCGAUUUCUUCUCUUUACACCUACGAGAUUAUUUCGUGGAGUUUGCCUUUGAUCUUGGAUCUGGAAUUGCUCUUGUGAGAUCGGCCUACCCUCUCGAACAGAACAAAUGGCACCGCGUAUCCGUCAGUAGAUCAGGACGUCGCGCGGCACUCCGCGUGCGUUCCCGAGACGCGACCGAGGACGCUACACGCUCGGUGACGUCACGCGGAGCAGCGAGACAUCUUACGCUGAGACAGCCGAUGAUGUUGGGAGGAGCACCGCAUCCGCUGCCACAGAGGCUGGCGCUGCGGACUUCGUUCAGUGGAUGUGUUGGAAGAUUGGUGAUCAAUGAUGAGGAACUGUCAGUAGUGUCUUCAGCAUUAGGAGGCGUUAAUGUUGACAACUGUGAUGAACCACACAAUGACAACUGCUCGGAUGCGUUAUGCAAAGAAAUAUUGGACCACGCUCCUUUUUACAACCAGAACACAACGGGCAACUUACACCACUCUAUUGUCGCGAAAAAGGGCUUCAAAUUGAAAUAUCACAAAGCGAAAACAAAAAAGCACUCCCAGCAUUAUCACAUGGAAAAAUAUAAAAAGAAAAAAUUCGUAGCAAGCAAAAAGUAUCAACACAUGCAAAAUGACGUCGAGAAGAAGACUGACGUUAUGACCGAAGGACCAGUGUACGACGGUCAGACGUACAUGCAAGUCAAAUAUUUGGACACGAAUGAAAUAAAUUGGGGCGACACAAACACGUAUCCAAGUUUCAGCGGAACCGACAGCUUCAUACACAUCGAUGACGAGGAGACUAUGAAGAGACUGCUGAGCUACACGCUGGACAUCAACAUCCGCUUCCGCUCGCAGGCGUCGCGAGGCCUGCUCGUGUGGAGCGGCCGCGCCGCGCCUCGCGGGGACUUCCUGUCGCUCGCCGUCGAGAGCUCCGUGCUCGUGUUCAGAUACGACUUAGGUAGCGGAGAGGUGGUGAUAAUAGCAAAUCACACGAAAGUUGAUGACGGACUUUGGCACAGGGCUCGAGCCACAAGGAACCGACAAGCAGGAGUUCUCGAAGUGGAUGGCUUAGGAUCCGUCGGUAAAAUAUCGCCAGGCAAACUUAAGCAGUUAAACACAGAAAAUGGCCUCUAUAUAGGGGGUUUACCAGCAAUAGAAAUGAACACAAUGGGGAAAUAUAAGAAUGGCUUAAUCGGAUGUGUCUCGCAAAUAUCUCUGAGUGGAGAUUUUGAUAUACCACUAUCAUUAUCUAAAUUACCUCACACUAUCACGAACAAUGUGGGACGCUGCACACCAUAAUCUCAAUGUUUAAAUGAACCUGAUUCAUUUAUAUGAAACACCAAGUAUGUACAUUUAUUACGAAAAUGAUUUCAUAUAUUUUUUGGUUCAUUUAAACAUGUUGGUGAUUAACGAACUGAUUUAAUAACAUAUUUGUUAUUAUUUCAAUUUUCGAACGU